ACUCUGCUGCUCAGAAACACUAACAGAUUAAAUAAUCUCCACAUUAAACCUGAUCAGGUUAGUUUCAGAGAACUUGUUAAUCUGUCAUACAACUGGUUCAAGGCUUAAAUAAUUCAGGUUUACACCUAAAUCCUGGCUUAAUUCCUUAUCCUAGUUUCGUGCAGUAGGCCUCUGGACCCAGCAGGACCAGGUUCAUAGACGUGGUCCUGGUUUUGGAAUCAGAGUCUGUGCAGCACAGGUGAGGCUCUAAGCUCCGCCUCCUCCCACACACACCAGCAUGGUGUCAUAUAACGGACCCAGCUGGGUCUAAAUGUCUCUGAGUGAACUGUGAGGUGUUGCUCCGGUCCAUCCUGGUGAAGAGGAGCUGAAGCCUCACCUGUGGUCCUGAGGUCUGGAUCCGGACCGAUUGUGGGUCAUGCAGAACAUCUAAACAUUUGUUUUUUAAACAUCAGGACCUGAUCCGGUCCCAGCAGAACACAUCCUGGACCUGGAUCAGGGUACACUCAGAAAGUCCUUUCCAGGAAACGAUGACAUCACUGAGAACUGUUUGGACCCGGGUCUGGUUCUGGCAGCAGCCGGUUCAGAUGUCGGGUUUUAUUUCCGUCCUGCAUGUCUGGCUGCAGAUUAUCUCGUCUCAGGCUCCAGAACCACCAACCUUUGGACCUGACGUUUAUCCUGAGUCCUGGUGGUCCUGCUGGGACUAAAGGGGGUCUUUCUGAACCGGCUCUGGCAGGGGACUGAGGUUUGGUCGGGGGGUGAGGUCUCUGGUCUCUUGGCUCCUCGUUGAGCUUCCAGAUCAGAUCAACUCCUAAUUCUGCAUUUAUCUCCUUAGACUGUCUGAUUAGCAGCGCGUCACCGGACCCAGAGCUAAUCCGGGUCCAGGAAUAGAGUCCGGGGGGGCGGGGUCCCCGGAGUCGCUCCACCACGCCCAUGUCCACAGGUAAUCCCUUCUUAAACAAGUCCUCAGCAGGACAGAAGGACGCCGGGCAGGGGACGUGUCUGCAGGACUGAAGAAGUCCUGGUACCCCUUGGACUCACUGUAAGUGGAUCAGGACCGGGACUCAGCUUCGGACCCCCMGUUGGACCAGCAGAGUUCAGUCAGGAUGAACUUUGCUGCUCAGAUCUUCUUCUCGCGGUACCUGAGCGAGCGGCUCCAACGCUUGUUCUCCCCCMGAGCUGCGGUGAAGGGAGGCGAGGAGAACGACCCCUUCUGGCAGAGAGAGGAAGUGCGUCUCGGCCCCCCUCAGCCCUGUGCUUCCUACAGAUGUGGCUCCAUGAGUAAUGGUGCCGUGGGCCGCCGGCCCACCCUCAUCGAACCCGAGCGUCUGAAGGACUUUGGCGAGGAGGACCUUCUGAACGGAGACGUGAGGUUCUACCAAACCAAAGUGGUGGAACCUCCUGAGAUCAGGCUGAUGGAUCCGCCCAAAACCAGACGGGUCAGCGAGUUCCGGGUCGUCCCCAGACCUCCGGCUCAGUACCUGCGCUUCGAGGACAUCAGCGCCGCGGCCUUCAGGAUCCAGGCGGGGAUACAGAAGACGCCGUGCACGUUCUCCAGACUGUCCAAACAGUACGGCAUGGACAUGUACCUGAAGAAGGAGCACCUGCACUACACUGGUUCUGUGAAGGAGAGAGGAGUUCUGUACCUGCUCACCUCCCUCACACAGGAGCAGCAGAGGAAAGGUGUCAUCGUGGCGUCAGACAGCAGCUUCUCCAUGGCCGUGGCUCACCACGGUGUGGAGCUGAAGAUCCCCGUGUUCGUCAUCAUGCCCUCCUGCUGCUCCUCGCCACGCCUCCGCACCUACAGAGACUACGGCGCCAUGGUCAUCUCCUACGGCAGCGCUGGCCCGGACUCCCAGAACCACGCCCGACGUCUGGCCCAGGACAACGGCUACCUUUACCUGGAGGAGUGGAGUGUGUCGUGGAAACCAGAGAUAAGACCCAGAGUGUUCAGCUGAGGAAGACUCUGAAUGAGCGGUACCCCUCCAUAUGCUGGCUGGACCGGUGAUCAGAACCACAGAUGUUCUGAAAGGAGGUGGUUCUUCUGGACCGGGUCAGGACGUGUUGAGCAGCAUGUAAACAGGAAGUGAUCACUAUGAAUUCUUCUUCUGUUAGUCCAAAACACUAAACUGACCCUUUAACCCUGAAUCAAGUUUAUUUUAUAUUUAAAUCCUGUAAAUAAAUCAGUCUGUAAAUAAAUAAAUAAAUAAAUAAAUAAACAAAUAAACAAACAUGUUAGAAAAACAGGAAGUGAAGCAGAAGUUUUCUUCUCACAGGAAGUGAGUGAAGACCUGGUCGAUGAGUUCAGACGGGUCGGUUAAGAUGAGUUAAUGCUCUUAACUUUCUAAACCCAGAACACCACGACCCAGUUCUGCUGCCUCAUCCAGAACCUCACCCGACUGAUCCGGACUUCUGUCAGAACCGUGUCAUAUAUAUGGUCUGAU